AUGGGCCAGAACCUGUCCCUCUCGGAGCCGUUCGCCGACACGUCGGGCGCCGUCCUGUCGCCCACCGACCGCGCCAACGACAUCAUCCUCGCCGCCAUCUGGGGCCUCUCCCUCUACGGCAUCGGCAUGAUCUGGUGUGCCGUAGGCCUGCUGCGACGCUGGGCCGGUCCCAACAACGACAGGGGCGUCACCAUGCUCUCCGUCCUGGCCGCCUUUCUCAUGUCCACCGGCUGGCCCGUCAUACUGGCCUACUUUGCCUUCUCCAAUCAAUAG